AUGAGAGUUGGUGUAAUUUUUGAUUGGUUUGGUAAACCUGAUUAUAAUGAAUUCGAAAAUAUACUGAGGAAUUGCCUGAAAAAUGUCAGGUUUGGGGAGCAAACGCAAAUAACAACGAAUGCUGACGCCUUGGAUAUAGUCCUGGUACACGACAAGGAAUCCCUUAUAUCAUCGAUAUAUUUAGAUAAGAUCCUGGGUAAAUUGUACAGUAUAGCAAGAGAUAUUCUACUGGAACAUGAGUAUUUCCUAUUACCCAUCAAUGUAUUAUUUGAUGGAUCUGAUUAUGAUAAUAUACAAUGGGAUAUAAUGUUUAUGAAUACUCAUGAGUUUUCUUUGAUUGAGAAAGAUAAGUUCCAUUACCGAGAGAGUCAAACAUUUGAACAAAGGAAUAUGGGAUCAAGAAAUGGCACAGGAAGUUCCAUGGAUGAUCAAACUAUCAACGAUAAAAAUGAAUACAAAGUAACCGCGCUAGGGGGAACUUUUGAUCAUAUACAUGAUGGUCAUAAAAUAUUAUUAACUAUGGCUGCAUUUUUAACAUCGGAUAGGUUAAUUGUGGGUGUUACCGAUGAGGAAUUGUUGGUGAAUAAGAAAUAUAAAGAACAACUGGAGAAUUUCGACAAGAGAUGUUUGAAUGUAAUGACUUUUGUUCAUUUAGUGAAACCAUCAUUAAGAGUAGAAAUAGUACCAAUAAAGGAUGUAUGUGGGCCAACUGGAACAGUUCCAGAAAUCGAGGCUUUGGUGGUCAGCAGGGAGACAAUUGCAGGUGGACAAGUAGUUAAUGACACAAGACAGCAACGAAAGAUGCAUCCAUUAGCAAUACAUGUCGUAAAUGUCUUGGGUGGGAACGAAGAAGAUGGAUGGAGAGAGAAACUAAGUAGUACAGAGGUCCGAAAACUUAUAUCUGAACAUAGAGAAUAG